CGCGAACGGCCGCAGGACUAAGUGACGCGUGACUGUCCCUCCUGAGCACGGUGUUUGUCGCAUGUCUGGGUGUGACAAGGUUUCUUGCCCUUUUGGGUCCUGGGGGCUGGAUUUUUUUUUUUUAGAAAUUAAAAAGAAAUAAUGAAAAAAAGAAUGAGUGUCCAACUUUUGUAGCCCAGGCAGACGUUCCGUUUUCAGUUAGAGGAUGGAACUAACGGGAAGGAAUCGAUCGUUUUUGUUCCUAUCGUGCUAAAGUGACUUAAAGUUGCUUUUCCUGGUAUAACCGACAUUGGUUUUUCUAGGGGAGCCCCUCUGGAUCCAGCCGUAGCGGAAAAUGUUUCGGAAGGGCAAAAAACGACACAGCAGCAGCAGUUCCCAAAGUAGCGAAAUCAGCACCAAGAGCAAGUCUGUAGACUCCAGCCUCGGGGGCCUUUCUCGAUCCAGCACUGUGGCCAGCCUCGACACAGACUCCACCAAAAGCUCGGGACAAAGCAACAGUAAUUCAGAUACCUGUGCAGAAUUCCGAAUAAAGUAUGUUGGUGCCAUUGAGAGACUGAAAUUGUCUGAAGGAAAAAGUCUUGAAGGGCCACUAGACCUGAUAAAUUACAUAGAUGUUGCUCAGCAAGAUGGAAAGCUGCCCUUUGUCCCCCCGGAGGAAGAAUUUAUUAUGGGAGUUUCCAAGUACGGCAUAAAAGUCUCGACAUCCGACCAGUAUGACGUUCUGCACAGGCACGCCCUCUACCUGAUCAUCCGCCUGGUGUGCUACGACCACGGCCUGGGGGCCGGGAAAAGCUUGCUGGCUCUGAAGACCACCAAUGCCAGCAACGAGGAGUUCAGCCUGUGGGUGUAUCAGUGCAACAGCCUGGAACAAGCCCAGGCGAUCUGCAAGGUUCUGUCCACCGUUUUCGACUCUGUGCUGACAUCCGAGAAGGCCUGAGUCUGCAUCACGCGAAAGUUGGGGCAUCACGGGAAGGAGAGCUCGGCUGCUUUCUAAACAGUCCUGCCUCAGUCUGCAGCGCUGAGCUAGCAUGAAAACCUGGAGUGGCCCCUUGCUCUAGAUUUUCUGGAAAAAAAAACAAACGUAAUGUAUAAAACACCAGUCGUUUGUUUUCCUAUUAAAAUGUCUUAUUAACAGUGA